AUGAGUGCGACGAAAAAACCGAAGCAAAAGGAGGGGGAGGCGUCGGGUAAUUUGGAGGGAAUGGAGAAAUUCGCGGUUUACGUUGAAGGAGGUGCCGAGCCUGCACUUGCGGAUGCUAGUCAUGUGAAUGAUGCUGACCAGGUGGAUGCUAGUCAUGUGAAUGAUGCUGACCAGGUGGAUGCUAGUCAUGUGAAUGAUGCUGACCAGGUGGAUGCUAGUGAAGUAGCGGGUCCGUCAUUGGUUGUAAGGGCUAGGGGGGCAUCGCAUGUAAGCAGCACCUUGGUCAGGAGUAGUGUGGAGAAAUCAGACCGGUUGGCGGGAGAAGUUACGAGAGUUUUGGUAUUGUACGGUAGCGAGUGGGGAACGACUGAGAAGCUAGCGGAGUGCGUCUCAAGUUGGUUUGAGAGCCACACGUGUGUGGUGGACGUCGCGUCUUUUGAGGACUGGAAGCAAUUGGAACUGACGGACGGGAAGGUGUUGACGGUAUUCAUGGCGUCUACGACGGGUGAGGGCGACCCUCCUACGACAGCGGUUGAGUAUUGGACGGCCCUGAAGAAGACAGCCAAUGCCGAGCUGUGUGUGCCCAAAUUGUGUUUCAUUAUUGGCUUGGGCCACUCAGCCUUCGCAUCUUAUAACCAGUUCGGUAAGGACCUGGACAAGCGGCUGCGCGCUCUGAACCACGGUGCCCACAUGCUGCUACCGGCGCCGCUUCUUGUGGACACGGCCGACGAAGACUUCAGAGCGCGUCUGUUGCACAAAUUGGACCUGCUCCUUCCAACGAUAACAGAGCGACUUAAUUUCGAUGCAAUGGCCCAGGCAGCCGCGCGAUCCAGCCUAAAAUUAGUUAUAGGCCCUUGUCCCGGAACAGAUCCUUGUCCCGGAACAGAUCCUUGUUCCGGAACAGAUCCUUGUUCCGGAACAGAUCCGGCGACCCGAUCCGGAACAGAUCCGGCGACCCGAUCCGGAACAGAUCCGGCGACCCGAUUCGGAACACAUUCUCGCAACAAUCUGGUAAUGAAUUAUCGGAGCCGUGGCAGUGUGGCUUUACGUGUGAGAGACCGCACGUUAAUGACGUCCGUGUGUGCGGAGGUCUUGGAGCAUAGUGUGGUUGGAGAGUUGCAUUUAUUACGAUUACGUUCUCUCGGAGGCGACUUGAAUUUAGCGACCGGACAGGCCUUGGCAUUGUGGGUCCCCUGUUCGCCUGCCGUGUAUAAGCUGGCCUGCGACCUCUUCGAGUUUAGCGAGGACGCUGACUGCAUUUUAGAAGAACAACCUCUCCCACCCACCGGCAAACGCCUCUUCCCUCAAUACAUGAUGGUGCGAGACGCACUCCGAUACGCCAUCGAUUGGACAGCAACCCCUGCCUGCGAUUUUAUCAAGUACCAACUCUGGCCGCUACUACCCGAGAAGACACGCUCGAGGUUCGCACUCGAAGACUUUACCCAAACGAGUCUGUCCCCAGCAAGUCUCCCUCCCCACCCAAUGGAUGACGUGGCACGCCUGGUCGAGUACGUGUGCGGCCGACGAGUAACUCUGUACGAACUACUGGAGCAGGCCCGUCGUGAUGCGGAAGGCGCUACCUACCGCCUGCCGUUGCGCCUGUUAGAGAAGCUGCCCCGCGUGUACCACCGUGCGUACACGUUGGCCAGCGAUGUGAACCGCCUGGACACGGCUACGGAAGUGACCCUCCUGAUUUCGGAGUCAUAUACCAACCCGCGUAAACACUACGACGGUCAAACAUUUGCCUACAACGCAAAUCGAGACUUUCGGGGCAACUGCGGCCAAGACCUUCUCUGCGACCGCGACUGCGACCGCGACUGCGACCGCGACUGCGACCGCGACUGCGACUGCGACUGCGACCGCGACUGA